AUGUUCGCCAGGCCUCGUUUGCCACGUCCCAAUGCGAUCCGCAAAUGCAACCCCCCGAGUAUCUUAGCAUGGCCUACAAUCCAGACGAUUCGUUACUCCUCCUUUAAAAGACGUCGUCGGUCAGAGACACACGAGUCGGCUGCUCUGGCACGGCCUUCAAUCCAGAGAUCCCAGAGAUUCCAGACGACUCGUGUAAGAGGUGUAAAACGUCGUCAGUCAGAGACACACGAACCGGCUACUCUGGCAUGGCUACUGGGAUAUGGCGACCAAGUCCAGCCAUCAGGCGCUCCAUGGCCUGACCUGUCCAAGCUGGUAUUGGAAAAUGCCAACCUCUCACUCAGAAACGUACGAUUUCUGAGCAUCGACAUUGACGGGCUGCACCAAGACAAGGCCGGCAUCCGCCAGUUUGACAUUGGUGUAUCCAUCCUUGACACCGAACAGAUCUACCAACAGCUUAAGCUACCACCGAACCGUCGCAAGAACCUAGCGGUCCAUCUUAUUAAAUCCCGCCAUUACGCCGUCGAGGAUACCAGGCAUGACAUUGCAAAACGGAUAAACUUCUCGUUUGGAGGCUGUAGGGUUAUGUCGCUGCCAAAGUUGAGACAAAAGCUCAAGGACAAAGUAGAAGGCCGGAACGUGGUGCUUGUUAUGCAUGGGGCUGCCACAGAGGUCUCAGUCAUGAAGAGCUUGAACAUCAACCUGAACCCCGUCUUCACUAUCGACACCACCACAACUGUACGGCAUCUAUUCCGAAGAACCAAUCUAAAGCAUCUUCUCGAGGUAUACAGAAUUCCACACAAGUCCCGGAGCCUUCACCAUGCCGGGAAUGACGCCCACUUCAUACUACGAGUCCUGCUCAUGAUCGCCGUGCACCACGUCCGGGCCAAGUUGGGUGGAGCGCAGCUGCCGGACUGGGUGCCGGUUUUUGAAACAGUUGCACGAUCUCCCAAGCCAGAGCUCGAAGAAAUGCGGAAAGAAGGGCCGCUGAGGAUAACCCCAGGACAUAAAGAGUUGAAACAGAUGGAACGAAGAAGAGAAACACUAGAGAGGAUAGCGAGAAGGCUAGAGAAGCCCUCAAAAGAGGAGGAGGAAAUGAUGCCGUGGAGGAUGGUUCAGGUUCAGCCGACAUUGCCAGACUGCGACGCCAUGAGCCCUCCUUGGGCUGACCGUUACACCAUCAGCCAGUAUGGCAUGCUGCCUUGA